CACCGUGCAGCAGCCCAACACUGAUCAUUUAAACAAAGACGACAUAACGACACAACCUCAAAAUCAUCCCCAUUUCAUGUUCAUUAUUAUACAUUCGUAGAUCAAGGACAGAUCAGUCUACGCUAGCGCUCAGUUGGACGGAGCCCAGGUCCCCCUGCUCUGCUCUGUUCUCUUCUGUUGAGGCUAUGAACUGCAUCAGAUUCUUUCUCUAUGUGGGAAUUCCCCAUGUAUCUCUAAAAACAUUGAAAUAGCUUCCCCCGACUCACCAGUUUCCUUAUUAAAAAGUGCCUCUCGGAAAGACGCUCAAUGUGUCGUUCCCAGCACCAUGCCUGGUAAGUGAAUCAGUGGCGAUGGAAGGAAAAGGGCCCUAUCGUAUCUACGACCCAGGCGGGGGCGAGGCUAAUGCCAGAGAGGCCAGGGAGGAGGGCAGCAGCGUUGGAGGGAGCAGCUAUAGACUACUGCUGGAAGAGAACAGCGUUCUCCGAGAGAGGAUGAAGGGACUCAAGAGCUUAGGAGACCUGUUGGAGGAGUCUCAGUGGGAGGCUUCUAAGUUACGUCAGCGUGUAGAGGAGCUGGUCAGAGACAACGAGGCCCUGAAGUCUUCGACCUCCAGCUUCGCUACCAGUCUGUGUAUGGGAGGACCUGUUCAGACUGAGACACAAGGUCAGAGGAAGCUUCACCGUCAGCCCAGUAACGACCAGAGACCGAGUCAGUCGUGUCUCUCAACGGAGAAGGCCCUACAUCAUGAUCAGCCCAGCGAAGGUCUGUCCGAGUUUGAGGUGGUGAAUAUGGAACAGAAGACCUCUGAUACCCUGACGGCUGGUGCAGGAACAGGACAGCUUCCUCAGGAGAACCAGGAGUUAACCAGCCAGCUACAGCGUCUAGAAAGCUCCUUUAGUAUCUUUGCUGAGGCGUCCAACCCCAACCAGCUCCUAGCCCACCUGGGACGCAUGGCCGUCGAGUUCCACCACCUCUCCACCAAGGUCCAGAAGAACGAGCAGAGGACCUCCCUCCUACAGACUCUUUGUGAGCAGCUCAGACACGAGAACAGCGAGCUGAGAAAGAAGAUGGAGGAAGACCUUCAGUACAGAAAUGGAGAUGUGGAACUGCUGAGACCAGAGAACCUGAAGCUGAAAGAGCAGGUAACGGGAGCAGGAGAGACCGCGGCAGAGAGCGAGAGGCAGCCAGAAGCCAAAGAAGACGUGGUGAAAGCGGAAACUGCCAGCGUUAGAUCCAAGAUGGAGGUCAGCACACCACAGAAGCGGAGGGGGAAUGCCACAGAGAUGGAGAAAGCCCUGGCCAAGCCCUGUGACCCAGAGGCCUACGAGAAGAAGAUCAAGCUUCUAGAGAAGCAGAGGAAAGAUGUACUGGAUGUUAACAAGCAAUGGGAUGCCCAGUGGAACUCGAUGAAGUCACAGUUUGAACAGAAGAUCACAGACCUGCGUCAGCGGUUAGCGGACUCCCAGAAGGCCGUGCAGGAGUUAGAGGCGGAGCGAGAACAGAGGCAGCGGGACUACGAUAAGAAGCUGCUGCUCGCCAAGUCCAAGAUUGAGAACGUACAGGGGGAGAAGGAGUGUCUGAACUCUGAGAGCACAGAGUUGAAGCAGAAGAUUCGUUACCUGCAGGAUCAGCUGCUGCCACUCAGUAAACAGAGAGAGUACCAGGAGAAGGAGAUACAACGCCUCAACAGGGCUUUAGAAAAGGCCCUGAACCUGCAUCCUCCCCCGUCCUCCCAGCAGCCACCGGGCCAGGGCACCAGUGGUAACCAUGACGACAUGCCUAGUAACUUGAGGCAGGAGCUUCUCACUCAGAUAACGGUGUUAAAGGAACAGGUGAAGAUCUUUGAGGAGGACUUUAGGAAAGAGAGGAGCGACAGGGAACGAAUGAACGAGGAAAAGGAGGACUUGAGGAGACAGGUGGAGAGGCUGCAGGGUCAGGUGACCAACCUCACCAAUCAGGCCCAGAGGGAGAGAUGCAAGCUGGAGAGACUACAGAUGCAGCAUCAUAAACAGGUGGCUCCAGGAGGAGGCCCGGGACAGGAGGUCCGGACAAUACACCACCAGCCCAGGAUACUCAACAUCGCCGCGGCCGCCGACAGUGUAGCGCAAACGGAACGUAGCAACUUCACACCGGUAAGGCCCAGAGGCCCCAGGUGGGCCGGCGCCGGGGAUGGUUCCAGACCUCCACCAGAGAACAUGGAUCAGUCCACUGCAACUGGGUUUGGAAGAAGAGAGCGAUAGAAUAUUGACCCUGGAAAGCACUAAGGUCCUCUCUACCAUUUGUUCUCUCACCGUGGAGCCAGCUGGGUGGUAGCAGCAUGAAUCAGUUAGUUUUCUGUUGACCAGGUGUGAUUUGAACUAUACUUUUCCUACUGAACUGUAGAUAUCCUGUUGUAAUGUUGUUUAUACUUGCCUUUUUUAUAAGCCUACUUGUGAAACACUGUUUUCGCUAUUCAGAAAUAUAUUAUAAUUUAGAUGCGUUUCUUUUUUAACCUCUUCAUUUUUUGGGGGGAGAUUCAACAUCUGCUUCAUAUGAUUCUAUGCAGGAACUGAAGUCAUUUGUGUGUAAUAGGUUGAAAUGAUCCAAAUGUAAUAUUUAAGACAAUAUACCCAAGAGAUUAUCGGCUAUUGACGAUCGUCCCAUUUGCAAAAUAUGUAUAAAGUUUUUACAAAGCAGUUUUGUUUCUCGUAGGGUCAAAGGGCUCUUAUUAUCCCAUGUCAAUAACAACAAGUACUACUUCUAUUCAUUCCAACCAUUUAUAUAAUGAAAAGGUCAAUUGCCUUGGAAUUGGAAUCUAUAGAAAUGGUAACCGUGGGAUUUGUUCACUACUGUUGGUGUUCUAGAACUCUACCACAAGUAGAACUGUUCAUACAGUGAUUGUUAUAACACAGUAAACUUGGGAAGUGAAUUUAGCUGGUAUAUCAUGCCAA